AUGUCUUAUAUGUUAGCGCAUUUAUUUAACGGCUGGCAAGUCGAUCAGGCAAUUCUCUCGGAGGAAGAUAGAGUGGUUGUUAUUCGUUUUGGUCACGAUUGGGAUCCUACAUGUAUGAAAAUGGAUGAAGUUUUGUAUAAUAUAGCAGAAAAAGUGAAAAACUUUGCUGUUAUAUACUUAGUAGACAUCACCAAAGUACCAGAUUUUAACAAAAUGUAUGAAUUGUACGAUCCAUGCACAGUUAUGUUUUUCUUCCGUAACAAACAUAUUAUGAUUGAUUUGGGUACCGGAAAUAACAAUAAAAUUAAUUGGGCACUUGAAGACAAACAAGAAAUGAUUGAUAUUGUUGAAACAGUAUAUAGAGGGGCCAGAAAAGGACGUGGUUUAGUUGUUUCUCCUAAAGAUUACUCUACAAAAUACCGUUACUAAAUAGUUAGUGUAAUAUACUACUUAAUAUCCUAUACUAUUCAUCUUAAAUAAAUGUAAUGUAUUAUGUAU